AUGAGUCCUGGCUCAGCUCAAGCUAAGAACAAGGGGCCCAAAGCAUGCACAACAUGCGCUAAGGCUAAGGCAAGAUGUGUCCCCGGUCCUCUUGGGAGCCUCAAGUGCGACAGGUGCCACCGACUGGACAAGCAAUGCGUGAACCAAACUCCGGCUCCGGCCCGGCCCCGUAGAAGUCCAAAGCUUUCUAAGAUAGCAGCUCUAGAGAAACGUCUCGAAGAGUUGUCUUCACACGUGAGACGCGAGUCCUCUUCGGAAGAAGAAGAGUCGAGUCCAUCCCAGGCCGAAGGGAGUCGAUCAGAACUCUUGUCCAGGUCUGAUGCAUGGAGGUUUGGUCACAUAUUUCCUUCCAAACCAGGGACUGAGAGUAACCCCGGUCAACAUCCUCCACCGUCAGCUCCUAACAAGAUACGGCCAUGGGACUCCUGGUGGCCCACGCCACAGGAAGCGGAGCUGCUGCUCAAUGGAUUCAGGACCAUACACUCAUGCCUGUUCCCAUUCGUGUGCGUGCCAGCGCAUAUGACAGCUUUAGAGCUGCGGGAGGAUCGGCCAUUUCUAUGGAAGGCUGUCAUGAUGGUGGGGUGCUUUCUCGACGGAGCUAGACAGGUUAAGCUUGGCCAAGAGUUAUUAGCUGAAAUUGGCCGAUCAGCUGUUGUAGAUGGACUUAACAGCAUCGACCUGCUGCACGGCAUGCAGAUUUUGGUGGCAUGGUUUCAUUAUGGGUUGAAGGGCUCGCAGUUGACAAGUCUCUUAUUCCUUGCUCGCGCCAUCUGCGCCAACCUGAGGUUCAAAGACGAUGCGAGCCUCAAGGGCGAGGAAUUCGACCGCAACCUUGAUCAUAUGAGGGUAUACGCCGGAACAUUUUAUCUUAAUACUCUAGUGUUUGCGACAAACAGGCGGCCUGAUCUCUUGAUGAACACUACGCAUCUGGACAUGUGUUGCAGGGUCAUUGAGACCAACAUGCAAUACCCGUCCGAUGAGUAUCUGAUCAAGCUUGUACGCAUCCAACAGCUAACACAUUCCAUAUCUAUAACCAUGGCAGAGGACAACCUGAGCCAAACCACCAGCAAGUUGCCAUUAACCAUGGUAGUACAAUCGUUCGAGGAACAAUUGCGGCAGUAUAGAGAAUCUCUUAUCGAACGGUUCUCAGACAACGAUAACCUCAAAUCCCAUGCAAAUGUAGCAGAAGUGCUGCUUUAUGAGAUCGCUCUCUCAGAACAACCUGCUGCGGCAUCCUAUCUGCCUUUGACGGACAGAUUGCAACUCCUUUGGUCUUGUCUCCGGUCCCUCAGAACAUUUUUCGAUCUUCGUUUCGAUCAUCGAGAGCUCGAACGUCCACGUUUCCUAUGCAUGAGUGCUACUGAGUUUGUGUACACAGUUAUUGUUGGCAUAAAGAUCGUGACACUUCAGCUGCCAGGGUGGAAUCUCAUCAAUGUUUAUGGAGAGCUUGACGUCGUUGAAGUCAUGAGCCAGCAAGCCCAGGACCUGGACAUUAUUGUCCAGCGUCGUAAGCAUGGCAACAUGUUGGGAACAGCAACACCUGCAGGGAUUCCAACACCGCCACCUCCUCCGGAUCCAUUUGAGAGACUCGUAAGACAGCUCAAGAAUGUGAGGGAUUUGGUUAGAGCUGAAAGGCAGCGGCUGCUUGCGGGAGCUGGCAACUCUGACCUUGUGAAUUUCAGUCAAGAGUUUCUGUUGGAUGAUUCUGGUACCGACUUCUGGCAAGCCGCGGCUACAAGAGGUUACAACGUGUGGCAUAUCAUCGGUGACCCUAGCGUCUUGAAUGAGGCAUCUUGA